AUGACUCUUGACUUCCUAUCCAGAAAAACCGGUGUUAUCGUCGGUGAUGACGUGAAAAAUCUCUUCAAGUACGCUCACGAGAAGGGUUUCGCUAUCCCAGCUAUUAAUGUGACCUCUUCUUCCACUGCUGUCGCAGCUUUGGAAGCUGCAAGAGAUGCCAACUCUCCAAUUAUCCUCCAAACUUCUAACGGAGGUGCCGCCUAUUUCGCCGGAAAAGGUGUUUCUAACAAGGACCAGAAGGCUUCUAUUGCUGGUGCCGUUGCUGCUGGUAACUACAUCAGAUCCAUUGCUCCAACUUACGGAAUCCCUGUGAUCUUGCAUUCUGACCAUUGUGCCAAGAAGUUGCUUCAGUGGUUUGACGGUAUGUUGGCUGCUGAUGAGGCUUAUUACAAGGAGCACGGAGAGCCUUUGUUCUCCUCUCACAUGUUGGAUUUGUCCGCUGAAAACGAUGACUACAACAUCUCUACUUGUGCCAAGUAUUUCAAGAGAAUGGCCAAGAUGGACCAAUGGCUUGAAAUGGAAAUCGGUAUCACCGGAGGUGAGGAAGAUGGUGUUGACAACGGUCACGUUCACAAAUCCGCUUUGUACACUUCUUCUGAGACUGUGUUUAGCGUUUACGAAGCUCUUGCACCAAUUUCUGCUAACUUCUCGAUUGCCGCUGCUUUCGGUAAUGUUCAUGGUGUUUACAAGCCAGGUAACGUUGUUUUGCAGCCAAAGCUUUUGGGAGAGCACGAGAAGUACGCCAAGGCUAAGCUUGGCACUAAGGAAGACAAACCUUUGUUCUUGGUCUUCCACGGUGGUUCGGGUUCUACCGAACAGGAGUUCAAGACUGCCAUUGACCUCGGUGUUGUCAAGGUCAAUCUCGAUACCGAUACUCAGUACGCUUACUUGACUGGUAUCAGAGAUUACGUUUUAAAGUACAAGGAUUACAUUAUGUCUCAAGUUGGUAAUCCAGAGGGUGCUGACUUGCCAAACAAGAAGUACUAUGAUCCAAGAAACUGGGUCAGAGAAGGAGAAAAGACUAUGUCUGCAAGAAUUAACAAGGCUUUGAUCACUUUCAACGCUGUUGGACAGCUUAAUUAA